UCGCGAGCGUGCAAAACCGGCUUCUGCGUCCACGAUAGGGUUGCCGUUUUUUGGGGUUAGGUUCGUAUUUGGAUCCUUCGCCGCAGUUCACUGUUCAUUUUGGUGCGGUUCGGUGAAAAUGUCUCAUGUGAUUAAACCCAUAUUGUACUCUUAUUGGAGAAGUUCGUGUUCCUGGAGGGUUAGGAUAGCACUAAAUCUAAAAGAAAUCCCAUAUGACAUCAAACCGGUAUCCCUCAUUAAAGCGGGCGGGGAACAACACUCCAACGAGUUCAGGGAAGUGAACCCCAUGGAACAAGUACCCGCUCUUCACAUAGAUGGUGCCACGCUCGUGGAGUCCCUCAGCAUAAUGUACUACUUAGAAGAAACGCGUCCCCAACGACCCCUUUUGCCGCCCGACUUCAUAAAACGGGCCAAAGUACGGGAGAUAUGCGAGAUAAUCGCGUCCGGUAUACAACCCCUGCAGAAUUUGACCGUGCUUAUACACGUGGGCGAGGAGAAGAAGAACGAAUGGGCGAAACAUUGGAUUAACAGGGGAUUUAGGGCUGUUGAAAAACUGUUGUCGUCGUCCGCCGGCAAGUACUGCGUUGGGGACGAAAUCACGUUGGCGGAUUGCUGUUUGAUCCCACAAGUGUUCAACGCUAGGCGGUUCCACGUCGAUCUCAGGCCUUUUCCCAUAAUUCUCCGGAUAGACAGGGAAUUAGAAAAUCACCCGUGUUUCAGGAGCGCCCAUCCCAGCAGUCAGCCGGACUGCCCUCCAGAAGCAACGAAAUAGGUAUUUUUAUAACACCAAAAACAAUUCUGUUUACAACGUUUUGAUGCACGGAAUCUUCAGGAUAAUUCCAAUAUACAUAUUCCGAUUUGAAAUCAUGUUUUUGGGAUAUUUUAGUUAAAUAAAGGUUUCAUUAUACAUUGUUCUAAAUUAAUGUUUUGACAUAAUUUAUUAAUUACUAUAAUAUUUUCCAAAAUUUUGUAAAUCAGUUUAUGGCAAGAUGCAUAAUUCGAAACAGAAUUGUCAAUUUUUGUUUUAAUAUUCAAAGAUGUUGGUUAAACAGAAAGCAAAGGAAUUCUUAUGGUUUUCUAAUUAAUUUUGAAUUAACUCACAUUUUUGAAUAUCUAUAAAACAAAACUUAUAAACUAAUAGUACAAAUAUCGAUGUUAAAUUGUUUGUAUAUUGCUUUAUUUUUAUCACAAAAUGCUUAUUUUUUUAUAUAUGCAAUUUUAAUUUUGUUUUAAUUUGCUUUAUUUUAUUUUAUGCUUUUUACGCUUCUGCUAUCUGUAAGGAAUAAUUCUCAAUAUUUUAGUGCGGAAAAGUGGUUGUUUUUCGAAUUUGUCCUCAAAAAUUUACGAACUGUUAAUCUUGUAGGGAUUCGAAAUUUUAUUUCCUUACAGUACUGUGUAAUGUCUAUAGAUAUGUUAACAAAUUUUAAAUACUUUACAUUUUUUAUGGGAGUAGUGCUUUUAAUAAAUGUUUUUAUCA